AUGGAAUGCUACUGGUCCGACCCGAGUAAACAUCCUCAAUGUCCACAUGGACCUACCUUGUUAUUUGGUUCAUACGAAACUGGUAAAUUGCAGAAAUUCUACGUGUGUGCUGCUUGCCGCGAGAGAAAAAUGUGCAAAUUUUAUUUAAAAGAAGAUGAACAAUUAACGAAACGGCAAGCAACCAAAUGGGAUCAGGAAAAGAAGCGAUAUGUAUCUCGUUAUCGUCAUAGAUCGUUAUAUGUACGUUUUAAUGAGAUAAUGGCAAUAGCACCAGAGAAAAGGUGUUACUGUUACACUUGUGAGCAAUUGAUAUCCAAAGCUGAUAAGGAUGAUACGAACAAACACAAGAAUCAUGACAUAAAAGAAGGCCUGACAGACUAUGAAAUGACACAUCCAACAGAAAUCUUGAAACCUUUGGAAAAUUCUAGACAAGAAGCUCAAUAUUUUUUUACAAAGAAAGCAACAGAGGAUAUAGUAAAUAUACUUGUAAAACUUGGUGCAAAGCAAGUUCUUUGCAUUGGUACUCCAAAAAUUCAUGAACAUAUUUUAGAGAAACAUGAAGAUAAUAUAUCUUCACUCCUGUUAGAUUUUGAUGGAAGAUUUCACAACUUUUUUGGACCACUGAAUUAUUGUUGGUAUAACCUUUUGAAUAAUCAUUUUUUCAAUGAGAGUGCUAUGUAUGUAUUUAAAGACUUUGUCAUGCAAAACAAGGGAAAAGACAUAUACUUGGUAUGUGAUCCACCUUUUGGUAGUAGAGUAGAACCAAUAUCAUGGACCAUAAAGAAAAUUUCUGAUCUCCAUAGAAAAUGGAACAAUAUAGAAGAUGAGAGUGAUUGCUUAAAAGUUAUAUUCAUAUUUCCAUACUUCAUGGAAUCCAUAAUGAAACAGAAAAGCAAUCCACCUGAUGUGGAAGGUGGCUUAAGGGAUUUAAGAAUGACAGACUACAAAGUAUCGUAUGAUAAUCAUCCUUUAUUUAUAACAGACUCCAAACCUACUAAAUUACCAUCACCAAUCAGAAUGUUUACAAAUGUACCAUUAAACUUAGUCCAACUUCCUAAGUCAGAUGGUUAUUGGUAUUGUAAAAAAUGUAAGAAAUGGGUUUCCGAAGAAAAUAAACAUUGUAAGAAAUGUCAGGACUGUACUUCCAAAAAUGGUCUCACAUAUAAACACUGUGACAUAUGCAAACGAUGCGUGAAACCUUAUUGGAAACAUUGUAAAACAUGCACAAGAUGUGUUGUGACAAAACAUCUGUGUGGCAACAAGCCAAAUGUCAUUGGAAAAUGUUUUAAAUGCAACGAACCUGGACACACUGAGAAAGAAUGUGAUAUAGAUGAAGAAACUCAUAUAAAUGCAGCAAAAACUAAAAAGAUUAGAAAACGCAAGGCUAGUGAUGAAAAAGAAACUGUCAAUAACAUAAAGAAGAGGAAAGUACGGGCUUCAGGUGAACCUGAUGAAGAAACAGGGAAAAUAUCAGUAGUUAAAAAUACUAAAAAGUCCUUGAGGAAGUUGGAGAAGAAAGGGGAAAAACAAAAGAUAACACCAGAGCUAAAAGUUAAGAAACCUCGAAUGUUAAAGAAACCUGAAGCUUUAAAAAUACAAAAAAAAGCAAAGUUACGCAAUCAGUCAAAUGGAAUUGUAAAUAUAAAGAAGAAAAUGAAAAAACAACCAGCAUAUAAUUUGAUGCAUUCCGUGUUCACGAUACAUGCUACAUCUUGGAAUGGAAAUGACAAUAGGAAUAGAUAUAAUUUUAUAGCAGAUGUGGUGGAGGUAUCAGCUCCUGCUGUAGUGUACAUUGAAAUUCAAAGCAAUAAAAGACAUGAUUCUUAUACAGGUAAACCAUCCACCAUAAGCAAUGGGUCUGGUUUCAUUGUUGGAUCAGAUGGAUUGAUACUGACCAAUGCUCAUGUGGUUACCAAUAGGCCUAAUACAACUGUUAAGGUACGUCUUUAUGAUGGAACUACUUAUGUUGGCCUUGUAGAGGACAUUGAUUUGCGCAGUGAUCUUGCUACUGUGCGGAUUAAAAAGACAAAUUUGCCAGUAAUGAAGCUGGGCUCUUCUGCAAAUCUUAGACCAGGGGAAUUUGUAGUAGCAAUUGGAUCUCCAUUAGCUCUAAAUAAUACAAUAACAAGUGGAGUAAUAAGCAGUGUAAAUAGACAGAGCCAAGAACUUGGUCUUCGCAAUAAGCAGAUGGCUUACAUCCAGACUGAUGCUGCUAUCACUUUUGGAAAUUCUGGUGGUCCACUGGUUAAUUUAAAUGGAGAAGCAAUUGGUAUAAAUGUAAUGAAAGUAACGUCUGGCAUUUCUUUUGCAAUACCCAUAGAUGAUGUUAAAGAUUUUUUAAAGAAAGCAGAACAACGUAGAAAGAACGAAGGUAUAAAAACCGUAGCCGACAAUCCCCAAACUAAAUAUAUCGGUGUCACAAUGCUUAGCCUAACGCCAGAUCUCUUUGACGAAUUGCAAAAGAAAUUAAGGGGAAUUCCACGCAACAUCAGGCACGGAGUACUAAUCUAUCAAGUGACCGUGGGAUCACCGGCACACAUGAGAAUUUGUAUUUUUCGAGAUAUCGACUAUCAAGUGAAAGUCAAGGAAAAGUUAUCGAGGGUUCAAAGGUCAGUGAUUUCAAAGGGUCAAGUCUCAGCGCGUCGUCACACACUUUCCAUCCUUCGAAUUUUAAAUUAA